GGAGCGCACCGAACGCACACGGUUUUUUCGGAGUAACCCGUUCACCAUGGUGACCCGCGCGAUCAGCCUCCUCUCCAUCGCGCUCGCCUCGCUGUUGCUUCCAUUCCCGGUGCGGCGCGGACCGGGGCGCGUGGCGCAGCUCGUGGCGGCGGCGGAAUACUCCACCAAAACCGAGCUGGACUACGAGUUCGGGGACUACCGGGGGAAGUGGUGCAUCGACGACCACGGCUUCGUGUACGGCAUCGGAGAAGUGUACUACCCGAGCCCCACGGCCUGUCCGUGCACGUGUACCGUCGACGGACCCGUGUGCAUCCGACCCAAGUGUCCCCGCAUCCACCCCCGGUGCACGCGGAUCAGGUACAAGUCGUGCUGUCCGGUGUGUGAGGCCAUGGCCAGAGUCUGUUUCUACGGGGGGAAGACGUACAGACUCCUGGAGGAGUUCCGGCUGUCGAGGUGUGAGCGAUGUCGCUGCGAGGCCAACAGAGAGGUGUACUGCAGCAUUUCAGACUGCCCAGCCCCGCACUGCGUGAACCCCACCUACGAACCCAACCACUGCUGUCCCAUCUGUAAGACUGGUCCAAACUGCUUUGUUGGGAGCAGGGUGAUCCCAGCAGGGGAGCGCGUGAACAUCAAUGAGCGAACAGUAUGCUACUGUACCUACCGGGACGGAACAUGGCACACACACCCCCAGGCCACCUGCGAACAGCGCCCCCUGCCCAGCCCGACAACGAGCACCCGUACCGAGACCCCCAGUGACGAGAAUAGCAGGGGAAGAGGGGGAAGGCCUUUCAUCCCCAGACUAGAUUUGAUACCAUAAACUGGAGGUAAUUCGAUAAAGGACUCAAAGAGGCAGAGCUGCUUUUCAGAUACUAAUGUGUGUCAAGUCCAUUAGAGGUAAAGAAUAUUAUGCAAAGCCCCAUUUCCACUAAGCGGUUUGGUCUGGGCCAGUGUGGUUCAGAAGAUCUAGAAUGGUCCAGCCAAUCCAGGUGAGUGUUCCCACUGCAAGUCAGACAACCACUGGGCAUACGGUGUUUAGACCAAAUGCCUAGCGUGGCAUCAUACUGGUGUGACGACAACAAACGUGAUGCUACAAACAACAAUGGUGGUCAGUCAGCAGCUGGUUUUUGUUCUGCUUGGCUUUUGACUCUAUGUACAAAUAAUACAUGCGGCAUUGUACGACCAGACCUUACUGUUUGCAGGCAUCCUUUUUCUAUUAUCUCUUCAACAUCAAACUGAACCAUGAACUGAACGGCAACGUUGUGUUUGUUUUGUACUUGCUUUUGUCUUGGGCAGUGACAUUUUUCUGUCUGCCAGUCAAUGGAAUUUAUCGUUAGAUGCCAGUAGCUCCGUCCUAAACGUACUGUAGCAUUUUCCUAUGGACCUACAACUGAAGGGGGUCUAUAAGUGGUGCGGUAUUGUUCGGUUGUAUGGGUCCCUUUUAUAAUGAAACACAAAAUAGCGUACCGGACCACACCGGCUUUAAUCGAACCGCUCAGUGGAAACGGGGCUCAUGUCAGUUCCUCUAGAAGUGGGUACCAAUGUAUACUGGUAUAAAAGGCUGUUGAACUUUGUAGUCCCAGAACAGAAUCAGUCAAGAAGCAGACAUUUCCAGAUGGAAAUUAUGUAUAACAGUCAAAGAUUGGUGGAAGGAUAACCCAAACUCUGUUCAUUGUAGUAUCAGGAGCUAACUUUCCUCCAGUCGAACAAUCCUCUACAUGUACAGUCAGGGAUCAUUCACAGUCACUGUUAAAUACCUAGCGUCACCAUGGGGGCUGUGCUGAGCUCAGCAACCAGCAAGAGGAACAAAGAAAAGGCCAUUGCUAUCUUCUGCACAGCCUCUUUUAAUCUCAUUCAGAGACUGUACAUUAUGAUGAUCUCCCCCUCCCUCCUCCUCCAUUGAAACGGAUGUCAGAAUUUAGAAAUGAACUCUAACUCUAGAACUCUGCGCUGCCCUCUAGUGGAUGUAUUACAUAACAACUAUUGAGAAUGCACGCAUGACGUCACUGUGGCUUUCGCCACCAUUUUGGGGGGACCCAGCAAGCCACCUACUGUAUGUACAUAUGUCAAGUGAGCAUAAAUGCACCCAUACUUGGUUGAACACAUUUGAGACUGUUUCACAACAACGCAGAGUUAUGAAAUAUAAGGAAAACUCAGAGGUACUUUGUAGUGUAUCAGUGUAUCAUUGUGUAUCAUUUUAUUGAUCAAUGAUUCAGUGAUAUUGAUCUAAAUUGAAAAUAUGUUGAAAACGUUAAUAUUUAGUUGAUUUUUGAUUUGAUAUAAAUGGAAGUGAUUGUGUUAAAUCAGCAUGUGAUAUUGUGUCAUAUUGAUCUGGAAUUUAAUCAGAUUUUAUCCCCUGAAUCAAUAUAAAAAGUGUUUUGUGAUCAAA